AUGGCAGAUACCGGCCCUUCCAUUGGGACGUUUUCCCUCCCGCUGGGCAGUACUGAGCCACCCCCGGCCAUCAAGGACCCAAGACUGAUUAAUCCUCCCCCACCUUGGACCGAUGACGAGAUCAACAACGUUGUCAAACGUCAUGGGGUCGACCGCAAAGCGCUCGCCAACGCCUUGGCAUGGUUGUCAUACCUAGCUGUGGAGGCUGGUCAGGACGGCGACAAACUAUGGGACCUGGACAUUUGGAGGGCCCAUGUCAAUCUGGUAUUGACAAGGUCUGGUGCCGUGGACGAUGACGACGCGAGAAUCGGACUUUAUGGCGAGACCCCGUUCAUUUCACGUGCGGGUACUGUGUACUUGAAUGAACCCUGUUUUGGCACUUCUACCAGAGGUAGACACCAGCGCCUUACCACGCCCAUCCGCGCUCCCGAAUCUCUCACCCGGUGGAAACGCCAUGAAAUCGUACACGAAGCCAACAUGGAGGCGCUUUUGUCGGGCGACAUUGAGGCGGCAUUUGUUGGCUUGGUAGACAGGUUCGAGACCGCCUCACAAGGGUCGUCUCAACGCCGGACUGAAUACCGCGCGAGAUUUGGUCAAGUGCAUAAGUCCCUGUUGGCAGGAAACGUGGCCGCGACACCACCGCCAGAUGACGGAGAUGGACACCGUAUCUGCGCUUCGUCGAUUGCCUCAGACAACUUGGUCCACUUGGUGGCGAGCAUAGGGUAUGUCUUGACUCCAAAGGCUGCUGGUGCCAAUACACAUGCUGGUGGCACCUUGAGAGGGCACCAUCGAUAUCUGGCCACCACUCCUCCAUAUGGGUAUCCAACAGUAUGUCCAUAG